AUGUCGUUCAUAACACAUUUAUGUAAACCAGCUAGUCGUAGAAUUUUAUAUAUAUUUAAUGGAAGAAGACAAUAUUUUAAUACACGCUUAUCCCAACAAGAUACAAUUUUCGCAUUAUCUACUGCUCAGGGCAAAGCUGGAGUUGCGAUAAUUCGAGUUUCUGGAUCAAAAGCUUCAGAGGCUUUAAUAAACAUGACCCAAAAAUAUUUGAAAAAAACACUCCCAACUCCGCGAAAAGCUACAAGGAGAAUUAUCGUACAUCCAACUACCGGUGAAAUGAUUGAUCACGGGUUGGUCUUAUGGUUUCCAGGACCAAAUAGUUACACGGGGGAAGAUGUGGCUGAGUUUCACAUACAUGGUGGCAUAUCAAUAAUAAGUGGUGUUUUGGAUGCGCUCGGUUCUGCUGAAGGUUUUAGGCAUGCUGAACGAGGCGAAUUCAUUCACAGAGCAUUUGACAAUGACAAACUUGAUCUAACAGAAAUCGAAGGACUUGCCGAUUUGUUAAAUGCUGAAACAGAAGCACAGAGACGACAAGCUCUUAGACAGGCUCAAGGAAGUCUAAAAAAUUUGUAUGAAAAUUGGAGAAGGCAAUUAAUUGAGAAUACGGCAUUAAUAGAGGCUGUAAUAGAUUUCAGUGAAGAUGAAAACAUUGAAGAUGGGAUUGUAGAACAAGUGACGGCAAAGGUAAAACAAGUGUUGAAUAUUAUGAUCGAUCAUGUAAAUGAUGACCGCAGAGGUGAAAUUUUGCGAGAUGGAAUACAUGUGACACUAUUUGGUCCUCCUAAUGUUGGCAAAAGCAGUUUUUUAAAUUGUUUGGCUCGGAGACAAGCAGUUAUUGUUUCAUCAAUUCCUGGUACAACUCGUGAUGUAAUUGAAAUUUCAUUGAAUAUUGGUGGAUACCCAAUUAUUAUUGGAGAUACAGCUGGAUUAAGACAAUCUGAUGACAUUGUGGAAAUUGAAGGAAUCAAACGAGCCAAGGAUCGUAUACUUUCAGCCGACAUAAAAAUAUGUAUUCUUUCUAGCGUUGAAGUUUUAAAAAUUUUAAACUCUAACGAUGAGAAUUCAUUUAGAGUCAUAAGUCCUUUGAUUAAUGAAUCUUUGGACAAAUCUACCUUUCUGAUUCUUAAUAAAAGUGAUCUUUUAAAUGUAUCUGAAUUGGCUCAUUUGAAAAAAGCAGUUACCAAAAUUUUUCCUGAAAAUUACGUUUGUUGCGUGUCAUGUAUAAAUGGGGGUGGUAUUAAGGAAUUUAUUGAUAUAUUCGUGAGUUCUUUGAAACACAAGUAUGAUAAUUCUGCUACCCAAGUUGCUUUGAUCACACAGUCACGACAUCGAGAAAACCUUAAUGAUUGUAUUUUUGGUUUACAAAACUUCCUUGCUCAAAAGGACAUAGUACUAGCAGCCGAAGAUUUAAGAUAUGCGACUAAUGCAUUAGGUAGAAUUACUGGUCGCGUUGAAGUUGAUGAAGUAUUGAACGUUAUAUUUGAAAGAUUUUGUAUCGGAAAAUAG